AUGCAGGAGAGCAUUUAUACGCCUUUCAGCUCGGAUAUACCGUACGCUUUUAUAUACACUGAUGAAAUGACGGGUCGGGCCUUGUACUGUGGACCAUAUCUGCGAUCCUUGGAGAGUUUCGCAGAGAACUUCCACUACAAGCUGCAGCUGGAGUACGUGGAAAAUAUGCCGAAGAAGUCGCUGCUGCUCGAACAGAUUGCUGCGGGGCAAUACAACACGUCUCUGCACGGCGUGACCAUAAGGAGCAUAUUAGAGGAUCCCUCCUCGAGCGUCAUACAGUAUGGCUAUCCCUUUGAGGUGAUGAAGUUCUGUGUGAUGGUUCCCUUGGCGCCGGAGCUGCCGAAGUGGAUGUACAUGGUGUGGCCAUUGGGCAGGUACGUUUGGACGACACUCUUCUUGGGCAUCUUCUAUGUGGCGCUGCUUCUGCGCUACGUGCACCACGGCGAGGCAGUCGCUCGCUCCUACACUCGGAACCUGCUGCACGCCAUGGCCAUCAUCAUGUACAGUCCGAAUAUGAAUAUGCCAGUGCAGCUUUAUCAGCCGCCAUUCCGCAUGCUCAUCUUCUACACGCUGCUCUACACGCAGGGCUUCAUUUUAUCCAAUUAUCACAUUAGUCACAUGACGUCCUUCGACAUGAAGCCGGUUUUCGUGAAGCCCAUUAAUACGUGGUCGGAUCUGAUAGAGUCUAGGGUGCGCAUUAUAAUACCGGAGACGCUGUUGGAGGAGCUACGCACACUGCCCAUAGACUAUCAGCGCCUCAUGGUGAAUCCCUCGCUCAAGUAUGCCUAUGUGGUUACGCAGAAUGAGUGGGAGUUCUGGGAUCGACAGCAGCGAGUGCUUAUCCAGCCGUAUUUCCAUAUGUCUCAGGUCUGCUUUGGCGGACUCUUCAACACAUUUCCCCUCCAAAAGGAUGCGCCCUUUGCCGGUCAACUGGAUCGCUUUUUGCUGUAUAUAAGGGAAUCGGGUCUGUGGGAAUAUUGGCAAGAUAUGGCCUUCAUCUUCGCGUUGCGUGCGAAAUUCGCACGGAUCUUUCUGGACACAUAUCCCGUGGAGCCCCUGAAUCUGGAGUUCUUCAGCACGGCAUGGAUUGUGCUCAUCUGUGGCUUGCCCUUCUGCUCAGUGGUCUACUGCUUGGAGCAUCUGUGGAGCCGUUGGAUAGCCGGGCAUAGUAACUCUUCCUUGCAGCAAGGGGUCUACUAG